CUCUCCCAAAACCUCAUUCAAUGGCCAACUAGCUACAUACCCAGUUCGGUUUCACAAUGCUCCACAAAUGGAAACUACCCUCACUUCCUCUGUUUCUACUACUGGCCUCUGUUUCUUGCUCUACUCCAGCUCCAGCAAACUCAUCCGACGCUGCUGCCCUUCUUGAUUUCAAAGCCAAAGCGGACUUGAACAAUGCCCUUAUCUUCUAUUCCAACAAGACUCUCCAUUUCUGCCGAUUGGUUGGGAUCGAAUGCGCCAAAGCCAGGGUGGUCCGGUUAGUCAUCCAAGACUUGGAUCUCGGCGGCGUCUUCGCUCCGGACACUCUCACCCGCCUCGACCAGCUCCGAGUUCUCAGCCUUCAGAAUCUCUCACUCACCGGACCGGUCCCCGAUCUUUCCGGACUCAUCAACCUCAAAACCCUCUUCCUCGACCACAACGCAUUCUCCGGUUCACUUCCUCAUUCCUUCUCUUCUCUCCACAGGCUUCGAACCCUUGAUCUCUCCUACAACUACCUCACCGGUUCGCUCCCCAAAUGGCUGGCCGGUCUGAACCGGCUCUACUAUCUCCGCCUUGAGUGGAACCACUUCAACGGCUCCAUCCCGCCGCUGAACCAAUCCUCCCUCCAAACCUUCAAUGUCUCCGCCAACAACCUCACCGGCGUUGUUCCCGUCACUCCGACUCUCCUCCGAUUUGGACCGUCGUCUUUCUACCGGAACCCCGGCCUCUGCGGCGAGAUCAUCCGAAUAGAAUGCCGGCCGAAUGCUCCGUUUUUUCGUCCGGCCGCACCGUCGACAGUGCCUGAAGCUCCGUCGCCGGCUCGACCUCUCGGGCUGAGAGCCGGUGAGGGAGUUGAGCUUGCUCAGCCGUGUCACAAGAAGCACAAGAGAACCGCCGUCAUCGUCGGAUUCUCCUCCGGCGUGUUCGUCCUCAUCUGCUCGCUCCUCUGCUUCGUCCUCGCCGUCAAGAAAAGCAGGAAUAACAAGCAAGUCAAAAAGGCUGACUUGACCGCGGAUGACGUGGCGGCGCUGCAUGCGGCGGAGGCGGUGCAUAUGGAGCAGGAGGAGCUGGAGCAGAAGGUGAAGAGAGUCCAGGGGAUUCAAGUGGUGAAGAGCGGGAGCUUGUUAUUCUGUGCGGGCGAGGCGCAGGUGUACUCGCUGGACCAGCUAAUGAGGGCGUCGGCGGAGCUACUGGGUAGAGGGAUGCUGGGGUCCACCUACAAGGCAGUGCUGGACAAUCGUCUGAUCGUUUGCGUUAAACGGCUGGAUGCGAGUGUGCUGGAGGGGACGGGUAGGGAUGUGUUUGAGAGGCACUUGGAAUCAGUGGGUGGGCUCCGGCACCCGAACUUGGUUCCGCUCCGGGCUUAUUUUCAGGCCAAGGAAGAGAGGCUGCUCAUCUAUGAUUACCAGCCCAAUGGCAGCCUCUUCUCUCUCCUUCAUGGUUCGAAAUCAACAAGGGCAAAGCCUCUGCACUGGACAUCAUGCUUGAAAAUAGCAGAGGACGUAGCGCAAGGCCUCUCCUACAUCCACCAAGCGUGGAGGCUUGUCCACGGCAACCUCAAGUCCUCCAACGUCCUACUUGGCUCUGACUUUGAGGCAUGUGUCACCGACUACUGCCUCUCUGUUCUUGUUACUAAUCCUCCACAAUGGGAGGAGGAGAAUCCUGAUUCUGCUGCAUGCAAAGCCCCUGAGAUUCGUCAUUCAAAUUACACGCCAACGCCCAAGUCUGAUGUGUAUGCAUAUGGUAUUUUGCUGGUGGAGCUUCUCACAGGCAGGCCUCCGUCGCAGCACUUAGUUUCAGUUCCCCCGAAUGAGAUGAUGGAGUGGGUGAGGUCGGUGAGGGAAGAAGCAGAUCACGAUGGUGGUGGUGCUCAUUCGGAAGAGAGUAGGAACAAAAUGGAAAUGCUGCUCGAGGUAGCCAUAACUUGUCGAUCAGCUUCGCCGGAGCAGAGACCAACAAUGUGGCAGGUGUUGAAGAUGCUACAGGAGAUCAAAGAGACUCUGGCCGCCCAUGAAACUGAGAGCGAGUUAAUGGGAUCAUGUCCUGGCUAGCUAAGCGAGUCACUGUCUGGAACAAACUAGGAGUAGUAGUAUUUUGAUAGAAAUGAAUGAAACAAAUAGUUAGCUAGGUGGAAAACAUGAUGCAAUAUUAAUUGCUGCUUCUUCUGCCACGACAUUAAUUUUGUGCUCUGUUUAUUUUACCCAAUCAUGUGUGGUAAAUACGCACGAGUAUUUGUUGGCCAUUUACUUUGAUG